AAGGUCAACAAGUGUCGACCUCACUCGCCAAGGUCAGGGUUUCUCAACUUCUUUCCAGGCACAUAAUUGUAACUCGAAUUCCACCUGCGUCCCUCCCAGAAUAUCUUAUCGCUCCUUCGCUUCCAAUGCUGCGAAAUCUGUUUCUCUUCCAUGGCGACGCUCUUUAAAUUCCGAUGCUUUCUUCCGCCGCUCCUUCCCCAUAAUCUCUUCUUAUUUACCCAGCAACAGCAAUCUCAGCUGCAAUGUGAUGGCCUCAUCCAUGACCAUCGUCACCUCCCUUCUCGAGAGCGUUCAUUGGUUUGCGCUUGUUCUGUUAGAAUGCCCAGAAAGAAGGUAAAGAGCAAUGAGGAGCUUUGUAACGAUAUCCGGGAGUUCUUGUCUGCUGUUGGGCUCCCAGAAGACCACGUUCCCACCACAAAGGAGCUUGCGGAUAAUGGGAGAAGUGACCUUGCCAAUGUUGUGAGACGUAGAGGUUACAAGCGGAUAAGAGAGCUUCUUGUUAAUUCGCCCUCAGUAGACGUUGAUGGGUCCUCGGAAUUUCAAAGCUCUGAUAAGGAAGGCAAUUCAAUCCAUGAGCUAGCAUGUCUUGGAACAGGUCAAACAUGUUUUCCCUGACUUCUUUUGGAUACUUGUUAUAAUCCCAAUUUCCACUCUACUUGAUACCUUUUCGCUAUUUAAAAGGCCAGAUGAGAAUGCAAAUGUAUAAUGGUACGACUGGAGAUAGUAGAAAUAAUGGUAAAGAUCAAAAUAUAUCCAGUCCUCUAGAGUCAUCAUUUCACAGCUACUCAGCUGAACAUGGAUGCGGAAAUGAAGAGGUUAAAUAAACUUCUCAAAAUUGCACAACAUCAUCCUCCCUAUCUAAGUCAGAGCAGCAUGAUGAAGGUGUUGAAUUUGUGAAGGAUGAAAAGGUUUUAGGCAUUAACUUGGAUGAUUGGUCCCGAAGGGGCAAAACACGCAUUCAGGUUUUAGGAGUAGUGACAACACUCAGGUGCCUAUGGAAUCAGACGAUUCAAAAGGUCUUGAUGUCGGCAAUCCUAGUUGGACACGGAUGGAUUUGAUGGUUGAUGAAUCAUUAGAGGAGAAGGUGGCAAAGUUUAUUCAUACUGGAGAUUUAGAUGCUGUUGAAGAUAGAGUGUUCAGUCCCACUACUGCUUUUAGUGUAAAUGGAAAGGCACCAACAUCAACAUCAGUUACUCUCAUCGGUGUGAACCAAGCUAUCAGGAAUGAUGAUGCAUGUACUAAAUCUCAUACUCUUUCUGAUCUCGAGAAAGACUUCAUUGUUCAGACUGAUAGAAAGGAGAAGCAUAUUGAGAUAAAUGAUCUCGAAUUAAUGAUGCAACAAAAGGAGUUGGAGUUGAUCCGGUUGCAGGAACUGAUUCAGAAGGAAACGCGUACUUUGUCUGAUCUGCAAAGAAAUGCUGAAACAGAGAUUACAAAGGCCCAAAACCUUCUUGCAGAAAAAGAUGCAGAAUUGUUUGCUGCUGAAGAAAGUUUGACAGGCCUUGUUCAGGUCACAAUCCAGUACCACGGGGUUGGCCAAAGUGUGGAGGUUUCAGGUAGCUUCAAUGGUUGGCAUCACAAAAUUGUUAUGGAUCCCAAGCUAUCUUCAGAUGAAAACAUCACGGAGUCAAGCAAAAUUAUGUUGGAUGGUGAGCCCUCUUCUUCCGAUGAAAAUAUUGCAGAAUCAAGCAAAAUUAUGACGGAUCCUGAACCAUCUUCAGAUAAAAAUAUCAAUGAGUCAAGGAAAUCAAAUAUUUGGUCUAUAACACUGUGGCUUUAUCCAGGAGUAUACGAGAUAAAAUUCAUAGUGGAUGGAGAAUGGAGAACUGAUGAUGAGAUGGAGUCCGUCAGCCAAGCUGGAAUUUAUAACAACAUUCUUCGAGUUGCAAGAGAUGAUUGAGAUUUGAGACGACGGUUGAUUGAGAACUCCAUAGUCUGGUAAUGUUCAUAGAUAGCAGUCUUAAAGGUUGUCUAAAGAGUUUAGUAGUCAUUAGUGUAUAUUUGAUCCCUGUUCCAGACAUGAUAUAUGAGCUAUCUAGUUACUCUGUAGAAUCUGUUGUGUGGGGCAACAGAAACGCGAGGUAUGAUUCUCAUAUAACCCUUUAAACUCGGAAUGAGAUGU